AUGGAAAAAUUGAAGGAAAAGAAUCCUCAUGGCUUAAGACAUAGUAUAGCAGGGCCUAGCCCUGCAAUCCUUUCUAGUGAUUCCAGUGAUACAUCAGAAACAAAAAGACUUAGUACUUCUAAGGUUGUUAAAAAAAACAGUCAGAUAAAGAGACCAAGUACUGUCAUCAUACCUAAAAGAUCCAGUAAGGGAAGUAUAUCUGGUAGUCCAGGUAAUCAUCCUAUCAUCCCACCCCGAAGACCAAGUUUUAAACUGUGCUAUAUUUGUGGAAGAGAAUUUGGUUCUCAGUCCCUUUCCAUUCAUGAACCCCAGUGCCUGCGGAAGUGGCAUAAUGAAAACAAUAAGUUGCCCAGACACCUCAGGAGGCCACCACCCAGAAAACCACAACCUCUAGGUAGUACUGUUUCUUAUAAUUUGCGCACUCUCAACAAAGCUGGCUUGCAGAGUGGUCAGGCUCAGCCACUGCCUUGUGAACACUGUGGUCAAACUUUCUUGCCUGAUGAUCUUGCUGUUCACCAAAAAACUUGUAAGCAAAAAUCUCAAUCCUUUGAAAAUUGUCCUACCAAGAAGGAAAUGUUUGUUGAAUUCAUGUUCCUACCAAGGACUGCCAUCUGUUACAUUUGUGGCCAGAAGUUUGUCAGCCAGACCCUUCCUGCCCAUGAGGUGGAGUGCCUGGAGAAAUGGAAAGUAGAAAAUGAUAGACUCCCUGAAGAGCUUCGCCAGAUGCCCCCUCAGAAGCCACAGCAAUUUUCAAAUAAUCUAGCUAAGUCUGAGGAAAAACCAAGUUCCAAUGACAAUCGUGAGGACCAGCUAAUUGUUUGCUCCCUGUGUCAUAAGUCUAUUAAACCAGAUCGUUUUCAAGUACACCAAAAAUUUUGCAAAGGUCAAGCCUCUGGGUCUGGCACCUAUGAAAGUAGUGGCAAAAUGGCAGAGGCAGUUAAAAUUCGUCCACAAAACAGCAAGGCAGGAUCCUCAUCACCUGACAAGGUAAUUCCUUGUCCAUAA